AAUUCAACCUAUAAAUAAAUAAGGAAGAAAACCACGCGGCUGCGAAGCAAACUGCACAUCGCCGGAGGAGUGGACUUGAGGACGGAGUCUCUCUCCGCCCCUGAAAGCCAAGCGAGAGACCCAAUCCACCACCACUACCACCACCUCCACUACCUUCCAUUACGGGAUUCCCUCCGUCUGGCGGGCGGUGGCAGCAGCCGGGAAGCGCCUGCGCGCUCUCGGGACCGGCCGGUGCUGCCCAGCCGCUGACCCCUCAAUCUAGCGCCGCCCGCAGCCUGCCUUGUGGCGGCUCCGUCGCUGCCUAUUUUAGUCAAAGCCCCGUCCGGCCGCUGUUCAGCGGGACGCUUCUUGCGCCCAGGGACCUUGAGUCGCAACUUGGAGCCAGGAAGGGGGGAAAGAUCAGAUACUGUUACGGAACCAAGCAAAAGAUGCAACAACCACUGUGGGACAAUAUGGGCUCCUGAGAACACCAUCUUUUAAGCUGAUGAUUACAGUCAAAAGCCAAAAGAAGUAUAACAGUAUAAACACCAGCUACCUUUGGAAACAUGGAUAGGAAGAUGAUGAGCCUCUUUUUCAUCUGUAUUGCAUUGAAGUAAUUCAGGUUUUGGAGUAAAAAAAAAAGAGAAACACACCAAUCCAGCCAUGGGAGACAAUUCAAGUUUUUGGGACGGUCUGAUAUAUGCACAUCCUGUCUGUGUAAACUGGAAGUCAGAAGCGGAAGGAUCUAUCUACCACUUAGCCAGCAUUCUGUUCGUUGUUGGAUUCAUGGGUGGAAGUGGGUUUUUUGGCCUCCUCUAUGUCUUCUGUUUGCUUGGACUUGGUUUCCUGUGCUCUUCUGUCUGGGCAUGGCUGGAUGUGUGUGCAGCUGAUAUCUUCUCUUGGAAUUUCAUACUGUUUGUGAUAAGCUUCAUACAGUUUGUUUAUGUAACCUACCAAGUUCGGAGUGUUGCCUUUGACAGAGAAUUCCAGGAACUUUAUAAUGCUUUGUUCCAGCCCCUGGGGGUCUCACUGACUGUUUUUAGAAAGAUUGUCCGUUGCUGUGAUGAAGAAAUUGUUGCACUGGAGAAGGAACACUGUUAUGCUAUGGAAGGCAAAACACCAAUUGAUAAGCUCUCCUUGCUUGUGUCAGGAAGGAUCAGAGUGACAGUAGAUGGGGAAUUUCUACAUUAUAUUUUCCCGCUUCAGUUUCUGGAUUCUCCUGAGUGGGAUUCUCUAAGACCUACCGAAGAAGGCAUUUUUCAGGUAACCCUCACAGCAGAAACAGACUGUCAAUACGUAGCAUGGAGAAGAAAAAAAUUAUAUUUACUCUUUGCUAAGCACCGAUACAUCUCACGCCUCUUUUCAAUUCUAGUGGGAAGUGACAUUGCUGAUAAGCUAUAUGCUUUGAAUGACAGAGUAAACCUAGGAAAAGGACUGGGCAACUUCAAGAUGAACCCUACACAAAGUUCAAUCACAGUGUCCCCUUUGAGUUUCUUCCUUGACUUCAAAAAUGCCACUUCUGUGCCUUUGAAUGAAACUGUGUGUGAAAACUGGAGAGAGAUUCACCACCUGGUUUUUCAUAUGGCUAAUAUUUGUUUUGCAAUUGGAUUAGUGAUCCCAACCACUUUCAAUCUUCACAUGAUUGUUCUACGAGCCAUGCUAACGACAGGAUGUGCACUUUUUAUCAUCUGGGCAACACUUUUCCGCUGUGCCUUGGAUAUAAUGGUCUGGAAUGUAGUAUUCCUGCUUAUCAACCUUCUUCAUUUUAUAUAUUUGGUAUACAAGAAAAGACCGAUAAAGAUAGAUAAAGAGCUCAGUAGUCUGUAUAAGAGAAUGUUUGAACCUCUCCAUGUGCCUCCAGAACAGUUUCAAAGAUUGACUGGACAAUUCUGCAAUAUUCAGAUACUAAAAACAGGUCAAGCGUAUGCUGCAGAAGAUAAAACAUCAGUAGAUGAUCGAUUAAGCAUUCUGCUAAAAGGAAAAAUGAAGGUCUCCUAUCGAGGGCAUUUUCUGCAUAAUAUUUACCCCUGUGCCUUUAUAGAUUCUCCUGAAUUUCGAUCAACCCAGAUGAAUCGGGGUGAAAAGUUUCAGGUGUCAAUUACUGCAGAUGAUAACUGCAAAUUCUUGUGCUGGUCCAGAGAGAGACUUACAUUUUUUCUGGAAUCUGAUCCAUUUCUCUUUGAAAUAUUUAAACACCUCAUUGGAAAAGAUAUUACAAACAAGUUAUACUCAUUGAAUGAUCCAACCCUAAAUGACAAAGCAUCCCAAAAAAUGGAUCAACAACCUAGCCUGUGUUCACAGCUGUCUGUGAUGCAAAUGAGAAACAGCAUGGCUAGCUCAAGCGAUAGUGAAGAUGGCUUGCAGCACUUUCUUCGGGGAACUUCCACUGCUUCUUCCUUCCGUCAACCGUCUCCUUAUUUAAGAGGAUCACAAAAAAUGAAACCAAUAGAAGAAAGUGUUGAAGAUGAUGUCUUUGAACCUGCAUCUGCCAUGAAAGUUAAAGCUCCUCAGUGACCACGCUGGACAUAAUUCUGUUGGAUAGCAGGAAGAUGACCGCCCUUAGGAAAUAUCUCAUAAGGCUAUCACAACUGAUAAUUUUACUUUCACAGACAUUUUCCACAGAUGCCAAGGCAGAUCCUUAACACAUUAUCUGAAAAUUAGUCCUGUUGUUACAGUGGGCUGUAUUCCCAAAGAUACCCUACACCAGGCUUUGCUGAGCAGGCUGCUCCAUCCACAUCCACAUUCAUUGACUGGAAUGAGUACAAGUGUCCUUGUAGCCUUGGUAGCUUCAUGUGCACAACAGAACAUCCACAACAAAUAUUGUUGGACUGGUAAACAUGUAUCUGGGACUGAGGUUUUCAGCCAAGUGACAGGAACUUCCCUUUUAAAUGGAAUUUUAACAAAUUGAUUGGGAGAGGGGAGUCUUAAACCAAUGUAUGACACUUAAGGCUCAUAGCUACCUUAACUGCAUUUUCUGCGGUUGUAAAGAACAGCGAGUGCAGUGGUGACAAUGCAGCCCUGAAAAGUAGCCUGCUUUCCUACCUAACAUUCUGCCACCACUCAUCAUCUUUUAAAUGAUUGAUAGUGGGAAAGGAGUGCUCAGGCUGAGUCUGCCCCUGGUUUUCCAGACAGGUGAUUGGCAAUGACAAAAUUGCAAGUACUGAUCAUCUGCUAUGCUGCCUGUCACAGUCAGUCUGAAUGCUUCCUUUAUUGUGCUGAUUCUAGGGCUAAUGCUGGAACAGAAGCAUAUUUUAAUUCAUAGAUGACUUGAUGGAUUUAAGGCACCUUAUAUUUCAGUCAUUAACUGUAGCUACAUUUGCUUAAUCCCUAAAAUUACAUAUAUGCGUAAACUGACAAUUUUGUAGUGCAAAUAAUGUGUUUUUAGACCUUGGGUCCAAUAAUAGGAAACCACUUGGUGAAUUUUAAACUUACAGUAGAGAGUUGUAAUGCAAUUCUAUGCAUGUUUACUCAGAAAUUGCAUUAUUAAAAGAAGUGGGAGUUCAGCAUUGGCUUCAAGAUGCAGGUUAUAAGUUAGAGACCCCAGAGUAUUUUCACAGAAGGAAGGAUUUCUGUCCUUAGAGUGUGACUUACUUCCUGUCCAGCCCUGCAGCCUAAAAUUGUGAAGGUGCUCUGGUGGAUUGAAGCCGCCAGGUAUACAAACAGGUAGAUAACCAUUGUUGACUUUUUUAGUAUUGUAUCGUAAGAACAAUCCAUUCAUUGCUAAUGCUCAC